AAUGUUUUGAAUCGUGCAGGCUAACAAGCAGCACGGCUAGAAAGCCUGUAAGCACUGCACUGAGCAGCCUUCCCCGAAAUACACUUGGGGAAGACUUUAAGCUUCAUGUACCUAUAAGUUCUGUCAGGUAGGAGCACGCAAUGGACCUCCACAAAAUCAUCCAUAGUGCGCUGCACGAAUUUAUUCAGGCUUACAUUCCUAAUGCAGAUCUCAGCACCCUGGAUGAUGUUCUUCUCUCUUACAUCACGGGAGUCCUGGAGGAUCUUGGCUCCCAGCAGAGUGUUGAGGAGAACUUUGACGUGGAGGUCUUUGCAGAGAUGCUUGAAGCUUACAUACCUGGCUUUGCUGCAAUUGACAGUGUCAAGGUCUGUGAAAUGAUGUUCAGCUUGGCUUCAAAACUAGCCACUGCUCGUACCUCAGCCGUUGAAGAAAACUGUGUGCCUAAGGCAAGGACAGAAGAGAUUUCAUUGAAACUCACCACCCUGCACAGUGAACCUCCACCAGGAAGAGAAACGCAGUGCCUUAAAACACAGACAGAGGGCGCCACUGCCAAGCUACCAGUGUCUGAGUGGGAGGCCCAGGAGCAGCACCUGCUGGAGAUGUUUCCCAAGUGUAGUCUGUCGGAGGCUCGCAGCGCCCUGUCUAUUGCCAAAGGAGACAUGGAGGAAGCUGUGCGCCUUAUCAUAGAAGGCGACGUCCAACUCAGCCCUACUCCUCUUAAUGUAAACCAUGGGAAGAGUAUUUCCUCCCUGGCGGACCAGAAACUUAAAGAGAGCAUUCUUGAGAAGUACAUGCUUGUGGACAGUGAGGAUGAUAACAAAACACACCGUCCUGUCGCCCCAAAAGAUGCUCCAAAGAAGCUAGUUCGCUACCACAGUAACCAGGUGGUAACCACAAAAGGGGAACGAUAUCAACUUGUGAAGAAAGACGAGGCAGAGGACAUGAAGAAGACAUAUGUCAACCUCAAACCCGCGCGAAAGUACAGAUUCCAUUGAUGACGAGCACAAUACUGUAAGAGCAGCUACUGACAAUAUUGUUUACACUAUUUUUUUUUUGUAUUAUUUAGCCUGCAUUUGUUAGAUUUUUCCCAAGUAAAUGAAGAUAUUUGUUCAUGUUACAGUGGCUUAUUUUUAAAAAACUGUUACCGUUAUAUGCCUUGGUUGAAAUUACAGUGUUUUAGUUGCAUCCCUUCCUUGAGGAGCUUUUGAAAUUUUGUGAUAUUUUGGUGCGGAUGUUGUAACUUGUGUUCAACCUAUCUAACCUUUCUACUUUUUUGUCAUCUCAGCCGGUCUGAUGUUGCACUGACAAUACUGUCAUAUUUUCAUUUACCUAUUUUGUUUGUUUGUCAUUUUUUUUUACUUCAGUACAGUAUUGACCCAAAAUUAUGACAUGAGUUUGUAGAGAUGAAUCAGUUGUCAUUUCUGUAAAUAUGUUCUAGUGGUGCUGUAGAGUUUCUUCUGGACAUUGACGUGGAUGAGUCUCAACUGCUUUUCUAUGUACAUACUAAAUCACUGAUGCCAAUUUCAUUUAAAGUUCUAUUUUUACAUCAUACAAGAAUGAAACAGUUCUGUGUUGUCAAAUGUUUGGUCAAGCCUUGUGUUUGGACAUUUGUUGUGCUUCAAAAUGGUCUUAAAUGAAACUGACGUAUAGAUUGCCCUCAUAACAGUAAAUAUUCUGCUAGAAGUCCACAAGAGGAAGGCCAUAGUCCCGAUUGGUUUUUAUCACCUUCUAUCACUGCCCUUACAGCAAAUAAAGGGUUUGUGAUAAUAUGCAAUGUUUUACAUAAUAUAUUGUUUUUAUUGUGUACAAUUUCUAUAAUGGAAAAACCUAAUUUAAAAAAUGUAAACAUGACGACCUUGGCUUAAAGCUAUCAAAGUGAGAAUUGCUAACCCGUCGCUAUGACCCGAGAGACCCUGAGCAGCACAAGAGGAAGUGUUAAAUAUUUGUCAGUGACACGAUUAAGCCCUGAUAAAACAAGUGUUGCAAAUAUUUUGCUGUAAUGGAAAGCACUGUAUAACUCUAGAAAUUCAUUGGUAAUUUUCUAGCACAACAAAUUUAAUUCUCAAGGGGUGCACAAACUAUUACAGCACUAUAAUAUUUUGGCAUAAUGAGGUGGAGGACUGCGGUUGCCCCCUAAAUUUUAGCGAAACAUGUCGCUGGAGGACUUGAUUUUAAAGUUCAUCUCAACAACAUUGUCUUUAUUUUUGAUAUAGAUGUUUAGAGUUGACAAAGUCUCAGAUCAUGUGUUUAUUGCGAAGAGGCCUGUUGCAUUCAGGGUCUGUUUACAUGAUGUCACCAAAGUGGUCCUCUAUCACGACUCCUUUUAUCUCAUCUUGUGGUGUUGUGAGUUUUGCUUCGUUUGUGAUCGUUGAUUGUGGAAUUUUUGACUGAGUGGAUUCUUAUUUGACUCUUGUUAGUUGUAUAUUAGGAUAAAUUGGUUGGUCAGGUUUUUUUUACUAGUAUAUACUGUUGUUUAUUAUACUAUUGAUUAUUUGUGUUUCCCGCUGCAUCCAUUUGGAGCAGAUAUAAGCAAUUGUUUUUGAUUGGUGGUAUAAUAUAGUUUGCCCUGAGUGUAGGUGUAACACAAGUGUUGAAAAGAUGUGUUGUUACUGAUACUUGUCUUUAUCAGCAGCAAUGUCGUCUUUAAAGGGAAAAUGUGGCACUUUUUAUGUGGAUGUCCAGUCGGUGUUGAUAGUAAAUGUAGUCAGUUGAAGCAGUAAAUCCCUCUGUGUGAGUGCUAUAUUGACCUAGAAAGCAGAGUUCUCCUGCUCACGGAGCAUGUGCCUACAUGUAUUUAUUGCGCACGAGCUUCUACUUGGCAAACUCUGCUUUCUCGGUCAAUAUAGCACUCACUGAGGGAUUUUUUGCUUUAGUCGACUACAUUUACUAUCAACACCGACUGGACAUCCACAUAAAAGGUGCCUUAUUUUCCCUUCUACUAAAGAGCAUGGACUGGAUUUAGUGAUGCUGUUCUGUCACAACUGAGUUUUAACUUGCGCUUUGAGAAACCGCUGACGCACAAUUAAUAGUAAAUAAAUAAAACUUUUUAUAGAUUA